AUGAAAUACCUCUUAAGGGUCAGAGGUGUGACACGAAAAGACAGAAUAAGGAACGAUAUAAUAAGAGAAAAUUUACAAAUCCAAUCUAUGCAAGCAUUUAUAGAACAACGACAAUUGAGUUGGUGGGGACAUUUACAAAGGAUGAAUAACGACAUUCCUGUGAAGAAAAUAUGGGAAGCAAGGACUCAAGGCAAAAGAAAUAGGGGCAGACCAAAAGAAACGUGGAAUAAAAUAGUUGUUAAACAUAUUUUAAAAAGAAAGGGAAGUACGUGGACAAAAACAAAACAAAUGGCACAAAAUAGGAAGAAAUAG